AGAGAGGGUGAGAGAGAGAGAGAGAGAGAGAGUGUGUAAGGAAACAACCGAGGACACCGGCCGGUUGAGGAAAGAAAGAGAAGGGAGAGAAGAAGAGAGGUUGGUGGAGUGGUAAACUGGCGUACUCGUGGCUCACACCAUCACGAGGCUUCAGUCAGUCUUCGGAUGGCGGAGUGUAGUAGUACUACGAAAUCGUGUAAAUCCUCAAGGUUGCGUUGUUCCCCUCCCUUCUAUAACUCUUCCCGUCGUGUAAACAAACCAGAACUCCUUUUCUCAAUUUUUUAUUGCUCCUAUUAAUACAAAAUUUCAGCACGUGAUUCUGUAAAAAAAAGAAAAGAUAACAAAACAAACACUCACAUAAGUAUAUGUACGUGUAUUAUAUAUAAUUAAGGAGUAAUAAAAAGAAAAUAAGGUGUAUAAAAAGACAAGAAAGAAUAAAAGAUCACAGUGAAAUGGCGUGACGCGUAUUUUGUAUUUAUUUAAGAAACUUCUCCGCAGUGUUUUUUUUUUCCUAUUUUUUUAGAAAAAAGGUUUAAUACGAAAUGAUGAAAAUCAAAGUCGAACGUGAACAACAACAUGCAAGAUAGCGUGGAAGUUUUCAACGACUCAACGGAAGUUGGAGAUUUGUAAACGACUUGGAGCAGAUUUCACCGAAACCAAGCCAAAAGCUGUCAGGAUGGAGCUAAGGUGGUACGUUUACUGCAUUAUGAUACUGCACAGUUUUAUAAUGGUUAUACGCGCCAUUGAUGACUUUCGGCAUAUUUCUUAUGAAGAUCUGGUGGAAGGCAGCAUGUUUCGUGAAGAGGGUGUGACAACGUACUCGCAGCUGCUUUUCGAUGUUGCUAGACAGCAAGUCGUCGUUGGUGCACGAGACAAUUUGUACCGCUUAACAUUGACAUCUUUAACAUCUUUGGAACAUGCCUCUUGGACGGCACCGGAAGAUAAAAUUAAUACCUGCCAGAACAAAGGCCAAAGCACUGAGGAUUGUCACAAUUACAUCAAAGUACUUCUCAGUAAUGGGAAAAGUUUAUUCACCUGCGGUACUUACGCCUUCAGUCCUUGGUGUACCUGGAGAGAGAUCGAAAAUAUCACCAGUGUGACGAGCGAAAUGUCAGGUGUUGCGAUGUGUCCGUAUUCACCACGUGCCAAUGUCACUGCACUUUUAGCCAGAGGUCCAUCGGGUGGACUCUUUGCUGGUGCACCAACUGAUUUUUCUGGUUCCGAUCCUGCGAUCUACAGGACUCUUGCGUCACCAAAUCUGAGGACCCAUCAGUACGAUUCCAGAUGGCUGAACGAUCCACAAUUCGUUGGUAGUUUCGAAACCGAAGAUCAUGUAUAUUUUUUGUUUCGCGAGACCGCAGUGGAAUAUAUCAAUUGUGGCAAGAAAAUAUAUUCGAGAAUAGCACGGGUUUGCAAAAACGAUCGAGGCGGGCAGAUCAUGAUGAAGGACGUCUGGAUGAGUUUCAGCAAGGCUCGUUUGAAUUGUUCCCUUCCGGGCGAGUUCCCUUUCUAUUAUGAUGAGAUCCAGGGUGCUGUCUAUCAUCCCGAAGAAAGAAUAGUUUACGCGACUUUCACAACUCCGACUAACGGCAUAGCCGGCUCUGCAAUUUGUGCGUUCAACAUGUCAAGUAUCACAGCAAGUUUCGAUGGGCCUUUCAAGCAUCAAGAGAACUUAGGGGCUGCUUGGGAAAGGCGACCGGUUUCUCAUCACAACAGAGAGCAUUGUGCCCCACCGACUAACACAACUCCUCAUAUUAUAAUUGACAAUCAGAGAUACCAAUUAAUGGACGAGGCUGUUCAGAGCUCGACAAUGGCGCCAUUGCAUACCGUAACUUUGGAAAGAUUCACACAAAUCGCUGUAGAUGUGACACCAACUAAAUUACAUCGUGGAGUGACUGUACUUUACGUUGCCACAACUGAUAGAUUGAUUAAAAAAAUAUCUGUACUUCCGAGAACUCUAGAAACUUGCGUAGUCGAAGUUUGGGGUCCGCUCCCAUCGAUGCCAACAACUUUGCAAUUUUUAAAGGAUACCCAAAGUUUAUAUGUUGGCAUGGAAAUUGGUUUGUUAAGAAUACCGGCAGUUCAAUGCCACCGUCAUCGAAGUCGUCAAGCAUGUCUGAACGCACAAGAACCUUAUUGCGGUUGGAACGAGCACUUGAUGAAGUGUGCCCAAGCACCAAAGCAGAAUCAUAUUGCCACUCACUGGCAUCAGGAAGUAACGAAAUGCCCGGUACUCACUGAUCCAGUCGAUGGUGGUUGGAGUGCAUGGAGUGCUUGGUCAGCCUGUCAACAUGGUACUGGAGAUCAGUCGUCUCAUGGUCAUUCUCAUUCACACUCUUACUUUGAUCACGAAGAGAUCACUGAUAGUUGUCAAUGUCAGACCAGAGAGUGCAACAAUCCACCUCCGCAACAUGGUGGUGCAGGUUGCGUUGGAGCACGCGUCAGAGUUACCAACUGUACUGUCCACGGUGGUUGGACAACAUGGUCCGCAUGGUCAGCCUGUUCUCAAACUUGCGGCUUCGCCAUGAAAACACGUAGACGUAGCUGCACGAAUCCUUCUCCAGCCUUUGGUGGUCGAGUCUGCGUAGGACAUGAUCACGAUGAUAUCGUAUGUAUCGAUCUACCACCUUGCCCUACGCCAGCUAAAGUUACACCACCACCUCAGAACGGACAAUGGUCUUCUUGGGGUCCAUGGAAUGCCUGUUCUCGACCGUGCAACGGCGGUAUUCGAAUUAGAAGGAGAACCUGUGACAAUCCCUCGCCUAGGAAAGGUGGUGCCGAGUGUAUUGGAUGUGACUUUCAGGUCGAGGAAUGCACUCAACAAUGCGGUGAGACUAGAAGAUACUCAGGCUGGACACCUUGGUUAGCCGUGAACGCAUCUAUACAAAAUGGAAGCGUGGGUUACACUGAAAAGCGCUUUAGAUUCAGCUGUCGCGCUCAAACGGACGAUCCCUCCAGUGUGAGAGUGCAAUUUGCUAAAGAGGAGGAGCGUUAUUGUAGAGAUGAUGGUUCUUGUUUACGAACCAACAUCAACGGAUAUGGAGAUAGCGUGGUCGAAAGUGGUUGGAGUGACUGGUCAGCUUGGUAUCCUUGCGAUCGACCUUGUGGAGGAGGCUCACAACGUAGAAGAAGACAGUGCGAGUCUCCACCAUGCGAAGGAAUGAAUACGCAGACGAGACUAUGUAAUAUUCAUCCAUGCAGAACAGCAACUUUCGGAAGUGGGGUAGUAGAAGGACAAUGGUCCUGUUGGACGGACUGGUCCGAAUGCUCAGCUACUUGCGGUGUAGGUGUUCGUACUAGAACAAGGGAAUGCAUCGGACCAGAAACCUGUGACGGACCUAGACUGGUUAGAGAGACCUGUGAAAUGCCAAGUUGCGAGUCCUUACUUGGUUGGGAUACCUGGUCCCGUUGGACCCCCUGCGAUAGUGAUCGUCAACAGCAUCGAAAACGUCAAUGUCUUCAACAUAGUAAUGGAAUGUGCCAAGGACUUAAUCGUGAAACUCGAGAUUGUCUUUCGGAUUGCACGGACAACGAUGUAAACGCGUUACCAUCCAGCGUAGAAAGUGCCAGCGUAUCGAUAGGCGCUGUAGUAGGUAGUUGCAUCAUUGGAUUCUUCAUUGGACUAGCUUUAACAGCGAUUCUUUGUUUCUUUUAUUUGAAACGAAGAAAACCACGUGUCCCGGGUAGUCCUCAUUACAUCAGCAAACAAAAUCCUUAUGUCACAGUGCCAUUAAAAGAGGUAAAUGCUAAAAGACAGCCCAGUUUCUCUGGCAGUACGAACGGAAAUGGUACGCUUCGCGGAAAAACCAAUCCAAAUGUGAACGGCCUUGGGAGUCCGAAAUUAUAUCCAAAAAGUUUGGAAUACGAGUCUGCCACAUUGAAACGCAACAGUCAUGGUCAACAACAUAUUCGUGCUGACCUCGAUCAGGACAAGUACUAUUGAACAAACGAUCGACUGUUUUCACAUCGUUUUUAUAGUAUUACUUCACAAGACUUUACAAAAUUAUGAGAAUUAUAUCAUCGAAAUAAAAAAUAUUCAUUUCUUUUCUUAAUCACUGGGUCACUUUGAAAGGGACCAAAAGAAAAACAUAUCGGGUAUUAUUUUUUGAUACCAGGACGUAAAAAAGCAAUUGAUGAUAAGUGCACUUCGGAGAAUAUCUACUUAAUUAAAGUAAUUAAGAUACUACGUCUGGGUUAAGUAGCAUAAGACAACGAGUUUGAACUCAUAAUUUUUAACGAUAACUGAUGAACCCAUCAAGAAAAAGCCUAAUUUUACAAAUCAUGUAAACGCCUUAGCAGGAUAAUACGUGAUUCGACGCUGCAUGAAGUGAGAGAAAUAUUUUUUACGAGAGAAUUUACAUAGUUUAUUUUUAUUUUUCAUGUAAAUACGUACGAAAAAGAAGUAUAUGUAUGUAUGAGUGUGAGUGUGAUGAGUGAUCAAAUAUGUAUGUCUUUGAUUAAUAUUUGAAUUCUAUAUUUGUACAAAGAUUUCGUGCGUUUAUAAACACUAAUCGAGGCUGAGAUUUUGUUAAACGUAAAACAAACAAAAAAAAGUGUACAUAGAUUAACAAAUAUUUUCUUUUUUCUUUUCUUCAUCAUAAAAAGAAAAAAUAAAUGAAUUUUGAUACCGAAUAACGUAGUGCCAUGAUGAGUUUGUACAUAUAGAUAGUGUUUUAAAUAAUAAAAUAUUAUACUUUUAUACAUAUUACUGCGUUAAAGUGUCUAAUUAAGUUAAUUUAUUAAUUUUCUAGGUAUAGCAUGAAAUAACUAGACUAAGAAAACAUAUAAAAGAUAUUUAAAAAUCCGUUAGUUUCUUUCAAAGUGGAUAGAAUAGUGGGACUAACAGAACAUUUGUUUUCAAAGCACAGUAUGAGAUAAAAACGGAUAACUACAAGCAUUAUUGUGUAGAGACAAACAAAAUUUCAAUUUUAUACUUCAUCUAUGCCCCUUCUGCGAAUUCAUAUAUUGUCUAUUUGAAAUAUGCAUAUAUGCCUUAUUUCAUAAUUUACCUAGUCGAUAUAGUUAUCUCAUGUAAUACCUAGCUAUUUCUUAAAUUAGCGAAUUUCACAAAGAAACGGUAACAUAUAUAUAUAUAGACAUGCGAAUAAAAAAAAACGAUUUAGAUGUAUGUUUGAUAAAAUUUAUAUGUAUGUAUAUGUAUAUUUAAACGUAACUUGAGUCGACAUUUUUUCGUUUAAAGUUGCGUUUUGCUAUUGACUCAUAUUGAGUCGCAUGCGAGGUUUGUAUUACGUUUUAAGGAAACAGUUAUUGCGAAAACGAUACGCCUUAUAUUGCCUGCCGUGACUAAUCAUUUUCGGCGAGAAAUAUAGCAAAUUCGAGUUGUAUAACGACUACGCUUCAAAAAGUCGCAUCAUAUCUAAAAUGACAUGUUUUUUUAAAAUGACAACAGACUCUUUGUAAGAUUACAAAUAGCUAACGAGUAUGUGUGUGUGUGUGUGUGUGUGUAUACGUGCAAGUGUGUAAGAGAAAGAAAGAGAAAAAGAAGGGGAAGAUAUCCUAUCGUUAGGACUGUUUAAACGAUCUUAACGAUCUCUAUUUUUUACAUCGAUAUUCUUCUAAGCUCUUUUUACGAUCAUAAUGAAGGUAAAAUAUUAAUAACUAUUUGUACUCCAUACACUUAUUUUACCCACCCUGCCCCAAUCACCCCCUCCCCCUACCAAUGCCCAUCGAAACGUUGAUGUUAAUAAAGACAAUAUUUCUCUUAAAAUUUGU